UACAGAGCUAUAAUCAGGGUGCUUAGAGUGAUCUGAAAGGAACAGAAACACUUAGCCUUGAACUUUUGUUCUGCUGCUUCUUCUUGUGCCUCUGAGUGAGGACGCUGCAGAUUGUCUUGGCCAGCCGAAAUCUCCAUUGGAAAAAUUUAUGGUCAGACUGUGCACGUACCACCAGAAGCACUUCGUCCGUGUCCUAAACGACAUUUGCACUGAAGUACAGACAGGCUGUGAGGGACAGCAGUUACCUGGAGCAGAAAACAUGGAUGUGUCCACUUGUAGCUCUGGCUGCAGCCAGUAUCGCACUGAGAACCAGGAGCUUGGAACUUCUUGCUCUGAAUCAAAGCUCCCUUCUUCCCUGGACACAGAGCAAUCAGGGUCUCAUGGCUCUCUGCGCAAACUUUGCCAUGCCCUGAAGCAGGCUGUGGAUCUGAAAUCUACAGAUAGAAGGGAAAACUGCAGCCCAGUUGUCCGAAGAGACUUCCCUGAGCUUCCUAGCGUUAGAACAAGUUCUGCAAGUCCCAGGGACAGUCCCUCUCAAGGAUACCUCACUGCCUCCAAUUCCCAUCACUCUGCUAAAAGUCUGGAAGGCCAAGCCCUUGGUAGUGACCAAGAGAUGGGGGGUAGGAAAGGUGAGGAUGACAAAGACCAGGUGCAAAAUAGAGCUUUGCUGGGAGGCUACAAUGCUGUGAAAGCAACAAACAUACACAUGAGUGAAGAUGGUCUGGUGGGCUCCCAGAAGAACACUUUUAAAGCUUUCCCAGAGGAAACACGAGAGCCAAGCUUCACCACCAACUCCCCUAGGAGAGCAGAUAAAGAGAAUGCCUUGCAGUGCAGCUCCAAAGCCUCUUUGCACCCGGAUACUGAAAUGAAUGACCAAGAAGCAAGACCGAAGGCAGAGAACCACCUCCAGGCUUCAGGGAAAAGCAAGGGGAGCUAUAACAUGCAACCUGUUGACAAGACCCAUGUGGAGAAUGCCAAGGACGGCUGGCUAUCCAAUAGCCCUGUGCCAGUGGUUCACCACAAAACCACCAAUGGACACUCCAGGACCAAGAGUAACUCAUCCUCCACCAAAAGCACACGUAAGAGCAAAAGGCCUUCAGGGUUGAGAAUUAAUGACUAUGACAACCAAUGCGAUGUUGUUUAUAUCAGCCAGCCAAUUACAGAGUGCCACUUUGAGAGCAAGAGGGUGGUCUCCUCUAGGAAGACGGCAAGGAAGAGCACUCGUGGAUACUACUACAACGGUGAGUGCUGUGAGAUUCCCACAGUUCGUACCUUGGCCAAGACUUCCCAUGUACAGGAGAGUGGGAACACACUGGCGCCAAGGCCUGAGGUGCUGACAAGCCCUAGCCAGGGAGCUUCUCUUCCGAGUGAUAGCUGCUUAGCAGCAGCCCAGGCCAUGAGUGGCGAUGGUGACAAAAGACCUGCUGUGGCCGUCCCUCAAGGAGAUGCCUCCAACAACAGUACUCAGGAGAGAGAUGAGAUGUGUCGGGCUGAGAAGGCCGCUCCUGAGGUAAGUUUUGUGAAGGAGAGAGAAGACAGUUCUGCUGAAGCAUCCACAAUUGCUCUCUCCCCGCCACCCGGCCUUGUUUUGCGUGUAGAGAAAGGCAGCCUGUCCAAUUCUUCACUGCAGACCACUCUUGUCUCUCCCUGCCAACUGAGCAAAGGGGAGCCACAGGACGAAAUGGACAUGGACACUGUGCAGAAGGCUGGCAAUGGCACAGACUCUUGUAAGAGUAGCAGACCCAAUGAAGACAGUGGCAACACAGGAGAAUCUGUGGUGUUGUCUGCUUCAGAGGUUGCCAGUGGUGAGGAAAGUGCCAUGUUCUCAGAGACCGAGGCUACCCCUGAGCCUUCCAUUCUUCCAGACCAGGUGCCUCCUGACAGCAUGGCCCUUCAGCCCCCUGAAGACCUUUCCCCCGGAAUGGACUUGAUGCCUCCACUGGAGGAGCCUGCCCCUGUUGAACACUUGCCACCAUUUGUAGAACUACCUUCCGAUGUGGAACCUCCACUUCUUUCCCCUAUAGACCUGGCAGAACCUCCUGCCCUUGUCUGUCUGGAGCCUUCCAUAGCCCUCCCUGGAGAACUCCCUCCUAUCCCAGAGCGUAUGUGUCCAGGGGAGCCUGUUGCCAGUUCAAGGGCUGUGUCUCCUGGCAUUGUGGUGUCUGAGCCUCCUGCCCAUAUUGACCUAGAGGCUCCUUCAGGGGCUCCUUCUAUAGAAUCUCCAGUGGUGGGACCUGGCAAGUUAGAUAUGGAGCUCUCACAGCCACUUUCUGACUUGGAUGCUGCAGAGCUCCCUGGCAACUUGCAGGGUGCAGAUGCACAUGAAAGUAUUAAUACUCAAAAUAGCUUUGAAGGGAUUCUGGACUCAGGUGGAAUCCACUCUGGGGAAAGUGAGACUGUGUUGCCUGUUGCAGAUAAUGAUGAAGAUUGGGAAGAGGGAACAGUAAAAGAUACAAGUGAAACAAGCAAGGUGGAUGAUGGAAAGGAACUUGAUAGUGAAGCUCCAGCAGUGCCCCAAACAUCAGAAGUGGACAACAAGGAGGGAGCUUCUUCCAAAACAAGCCCGGACAAAAAACGAAAGCGGGAGAAAAAACCUCAGAUUGUAUCCGAUCGCUGUCUUCGAAGCCAGCAAUCCCUGUCAUCUGCAGAGGAUAGUCCUGAGCAAUCAACUUCUUCCAUGUCUCUACAGCUUCCUCAAGUUCAGAUCAAGUUUUCUAAAAGCCCUGGUGCUAAGCGUUUCAAGAGGGAGGUGCAACUUGACGGUGCAGCAUCGCUGUGUUUCCCAAAUGACGGGUUCCAUGAAACACUGCUAAACAACAUUGGGAAUUCUUCUGAGCAGCAGCCAGGUGACAGAAAUGACAUCACAAUGGGGCAGGCCUCUCAGACACUGUUAGCGAAAAAGACCAUAGUAGAGGAAGACCGGAAUGGAGAAGGAAACAAGGACAAGGCAGGGGCAAUGCUUGAAAUUUGCUUAGAGGGUGAUUCUGCUAGGAGAAGUGUUCGUGUCUCAGCAGAGACCUCUGAUAAGGGUGAAAAGCAGUCAGAUUUGACAUCAGGCACUCCAGAUAACUUUGACAGUAUAAUGGAGGUUACAGAGGAGUUGCACACCCAGCAUGGGCCCAGUUCUGUUAGCAGGAGUGAAAGCAAGCUUGUACCACCAGAGAGAUCGGUAAAAUCUAAGAAGCCAGCUCUCCAGUUCUACAACCUGAGGCACACCCCUGCCCCAACCCCUGUGGCCACUGCCUCCAAAAACACUUCUGGAAAAGAGACCGUACAAGGAGAUUCUAAUGCUGUGACUAUACAAGCAGGCUCUAAUGUCACAGACCAAGAAAAUGCACAGUGUGAAGACACCGUUGGCUUCAGUAGCAUGGAUGUGCUCUCUGACAACAAGCCCAGUUUUGUGGAAUGGUGUGCUGAGGAAGAGAACCAAGAACUCAUCACUAACUUUAACACUCAGUACAUGAAGGUCCAGAAAGGGUGGAUUCAGCUGGAGAAAGAGGCUCAGCCAGCUCCAAAGGUCAAGAAUAAAUCCGACAAACUGAAAGAGAUCUGGAAAAGCAAGAAGAGGACCCGCAAAUUAAAAGGGCCCACGGAAGGCCAGAAGCUCUCCCCGGUUCAGAUGCUGUUCAUGAAGGGGUUUGACAUGUCCAACAUCUGCAAGUGGUUUAUGGAGACCACUGAAACCAAGUCUCUGGUCAUUGUGAAGAAGAUGAACACACGUCUCCCAGGGGACAUCCCCCUCAUCAAGCUUCCACUCCAGAAGGGCUGCUAUUCCGGCAGCUACCCUAGCUCCCUUCAAGCUGAGCGCCUGAAGAAACACUUGAAGAAGUUUGCUGCUAUGACCCCGGCCAAAAACACCAUCAAGAUUCAGAGGCUGUGGGCUAAGCUUCGAGAGGGCUCUGAGGACAAAGAGCCCGAGCAGGCUGCCAGUUCGAAGCAGACGCCUCCCUCCGAAGUAAGCGUGGAGCACAAAGCCGAAGCCAAGAGCGCCCAGCCUCCCAGCACGCCUGUGCAAACCAGCUCUCGCAUCCUGAGGAAGUACUCCAACUUGCGAGGCAAACUCAACGCCAUACGCAAGGUGGCCAAGCAGGACAAGAACGACAGCGUGACCAAGCACCCCUCUGCUGAAAGCAAGCCGAGCGGCAAGAGCCUGUGCAUUAAGCCCCUGGUGUCUCCGAAACUGGCCCAGCAGAUCCAAGCACCCCCACUUGCGACUAAGACAAGCCUGGUUGAAAGAGGAGGGAAGGGGCGAAAGGCGAAAGGCAAGGUACAGGAGGACACCUCAUCCAAAGGCCACCUUCAGCAAACCAAGAAGAAGUCGCCGACCGAGAGCAGCAGGUCACAGAGGCUGCUGAGCACCUCGAGCAAAGAAAGGCUUCCUCUUAAGAAAGCCAGUAAACCGAAGCCUGCAGGGCCUCCUGCUACCAGGAAGCAGGCGGCUGCCGACAAGAGUCAUAAGCCUGUGUCUGGGAACGAGAAGGCAAAGAAGCUGAAUGACUUGCGACCUGGGAAAAGGAAGCCCCCCGUCCAGAAGGGGAAAUCCAAGGCCGGUCAAAAGGCAAGUCUGCCUUCCAGGCAAGAAGGGCUUGCUAAGCCUCCCAAGCAGAAAGUGGUGCGAGACUCCAGCAGCCGGCCUCCCAAAGUGGCUGCCCAAAAGGCAAGCAGUGGCAAAGCCUUGACUAGGUCAAUGAAGCGAAUUCAGGAGAGCAGCACAGCCCAGGGCAAGAGGAAGCUGAGGGCAAGCAAAGACUCUUCACCCAGCAAACGCAGGUGUCUGGAUGCAAAGUAACCGGCUGGGGUUGGGGGUGGGUAGGAGGUGGGUCAUGGAAAUACUUCCUAAUGCAUUAAACAGAUCCACUUCUGAACGUUGUGGGGAGGGAUGCAAGUGUUUAGCCGAAGGCCAACCCCCCGCUCUCAGGUGAUGAGGAGCCCCCUAGCUGUGUUGCAGCCAGAAGGGGAAGCUAUUAUUCUCUGCCCUUGAGAAGGAAAGUUGCUGCUUCUGAAAGCUCCUGGAGUGGAACUAGGAGUUUGGCAGGUUUCAGUUCGAAGUACAGUGCCUUAUUUAUCCUUUUAGGAACUGAAUAAAUUAAUCUGUGUGAUUUAAAGGCUGGCAGUUUAUAGUUAAUGCACAAGCACUUGAACUGUAAUGGAAAGAGAACCAGCUUUCAUGCACAUCCCAUAGACCUUGGCAGCCCACCUGCUGGGGUUCACACAGGAGCAUUUUCUUCCUUUUGUGCAUUGUAGCAUCCUGGCACUGUUUAAACCAAGCAGGGCAUUAUAAAGCCAAAACCCAAAGCAUUUGCAUCCUUUAAUCCUGUCAGUCAGAAUGGUGUGUGUUGUUGUUAAGGUAUGAACAGCUGGACUAUCUUGUGUAACUGGGGCUUGGCUGUAAUGUAGCCUUGCUCUCGUGUCAAAAAGAUGCUGAUUCCGAAGCGUCAGUGAUUGGCAGCCAUGCUAGGCCAACUUUGUACUUAGCCAAGAAAGGCACUGGACCGCUUGUUUGGAUGGAGAGCCCUUCCCUAUGAAGUACAUGCACACUGCCUGCCACUUCUGACAUGGUUGUUUACAGGCGGGCGCCUUCGGGCCUGUGUCCUCAAAUGCAGCCUGGAUGCAUUUCAGAAUGGUGGUAUUCUUGUCCAUUUUACUGUGAGGCCUGAACACCCCUGAAAUAUGGGUACUUGAAAGCACAUCUUAGCAGUGAAAUAGACGGACAAAAAACCAUUCCAAAGUGAAGCUUCCAUGCAUCUUGUGGGUCUGUAAAAAGUAAUGUUGGAAAGCGCCCGUAGUCAGAGGUUCUUCUCUGCUGUAAACUUACAUGAUUUCUAUGCAGUUGCUGCAAGUUCUUUUUUCAUCUUUCCCUGUUUGCCGCAUGUCAAAAAGAUUUUAAAAAUUAUUGUUAUUAAAAUAAGAAGGAGGCAAUGCUGGCUGCAGACAAGGAAGCAACUAGAAAUAUCUGGUGCUUUUGCAAGUGUGGUUUGGUUCCAGCUUAAGAGUAAGCAAGCUUCUCUCUCCCUUGCAAGGCCUCACCUUGCAAGUUUAAUCAAUGCAUUAUGUAAAGGUCAAGAAGUAUCUGUCUUCAGACAAGGUAUUUCUACGAACACCUAUUAGAAAGGCAAACAGUCCCCUUCUCAGUGCAAACAUUUGUUUUGGAUCUGACAGCAUUUGGAAGCAGCCUUUUUCUCAGAGGAAACUCCCUGCCCCUUGUACUUUGUGCUACCCAUCUGCUGGGUGACAGACAGUGGUUGCUGCUACUCUGGGCUUGGAGAGAAAAGCAGCCUUUUAUUUAUUUCCAUAGUUUUCCUUUAAAUCACAACAAAGGCAGAGGUAUUUGCUUAGAAACUUGUGCAAACUUCCUCUCGCUUGCUGUGCGUGGCACCCAGGAGCUUCCCGCGAAGGCCUUCGAAUGGCUUGACCUUUCAGAAUAGCUUUCCAUGGAUACCAUCUGAGAUCGACGUACUCAAACACAUCUUUACACAUUAUUAUAUUAACUGGCUGGAACCAGUCUUUCCAGUUGGUGAGGGAUUUGUAGAAUAAAAGGAAAGGCAAACUCUUUAGGGAGCAAGAACAAGGCUUAGGUGCAAGGAAAUUGGUUUUAUUUCGUUUUUUUAAAGGAGGGAGGGUGCGUUAGCAUUGGCACUCCUAUACCAAAGCUCAUUACUGCAGGCAGAACACAAAUAACUAGCUGUAUAAUUUGUUCCAUUGAUCAAAGAGAUUUGGGAGGCAGUGCCUGGAACUGCAAAGCCCUCCUGCUCACCUGCUUACCCAAGUCUGUGUCUUGAGAGGGUGCACUAAAGCUAUAAGACACAUCAGGGUGGACUCUUUUUGUAUGAAUACUUUUGAAUCAUUGAUUUUUAACUUCUGUCUUUUGAUGUAAAUCAUGCUGUAUAAAAUGAAUUGUUGUAAGCAUUAAGUCAGGCCUAGCAUUCUCUGUAAAGAUUGAUACGUAUUUGUCUGAUUGCUAUUUGAACUGCACAUAUAAAAUGUGCUAGACAUUCCACCAGGAGUAUUAAAAGGUAUUUAAGGAAGUGUGGUGCGUGAGCAUGUAUGUGUGAGUGAGUGAGAGGAAGAGUGAGCGUGUCACGUUUUUCACCUCUACUUUUCUCCAACUUCAAACGCCUCCAUCCAGAAAGGUGUAAAAUCUUCCUGCUCCCUCAACCCAGGGCUGCUUCCUAACACACUGCUGGGUGGCCGAGCACCUUGUGGUACUUUGGGCUACUGAUUCUGAUCCCAACACUGCUAAUAAAAUAUUUCUACACCUUUCUGCUUUCCCAUUUCUUGUGUGGUCUGUAACUUAAGAGAAUCCCUUUGUAAGCCCUGUGUAGCAUUUGAGAGCUUCACAGUUGCCCCUCCCCUCCCACCUUUUCUGCAAGGUUGCCUAUGAGAAGUUGGAAUACAGUGACCAGGCCUUGCAGUGUUUUGGUGAGGUCUGGAGAGAGUUUGGUCCAGUGGUUGAUUUAUCCCAGGUUCUAGCACCAGUGGCUUCUGGCAAGGCAAGGCAAGCCUUUGGCAUGUAGACAAUAGACUAGUUAAGCUUGGGGGGGGGGAGGAGAGAAGUGAGCAAAGUAGUUUAAAGCAAUUUGGAGUUGUUUUUUUAAAAUAAAUUCUGAUGGUGAUAGCGUAGUAUGAUUUAUAUUGAAGCAAAGCUACCUUCUGGUUGGGAGGCAUUCUUCAGACUGUGCUCUGUGCAUCAGUCCUUACGUCAUGCAAGUGACACUAUGUCACCAACAUGCCAGGCUGAUAUGCUGUCCACUAAGUAAGUUGCAAAGAGGCCAUUUCCUCUCCCUUUGAUGCCCUGUAACCCACUUUUGUGAUAGUGAGAACUUGACUCUUAAUUCUUCCAGUAGAUAUAACUUUGGAAACCAGCCUUCUUGGGUUGGGCUCUUCUCUUUGCAGGGGCUUAAUUCCUGCGCACUGUUUCCCAUCCGUCCACUUCUUCAGCAUUUGUCUUUCUUUUUCUUUUCUUUUUUUGCAAGGAGUGUGUGUCAUCUGUUAAAUGCAAUCUUGCUUUGUUGGUUUCUGCAGCAAAAAUAGGUGCACUUUCCAGACUCAAUGGUUAUCUGCAGUAGUACAGUUGCUAUGGCCUGGUGAUGUUAUAAACUUGGUCUAACCUGGUACUGCUCUCUAGCAAAAGAAUUGCGAGAGUAAGGGGAGAAGCCUGGGGUUGUGACUGUAAUAGGCUUACUCAGUAUAGUGACAAGAAAGGCUUUUCAGUUCCUCUAACUGUGGCUCUGUUUCUGCUCCUCUCUACGUGCUUGGCAGGUUCUACUGCUUAAGCAUCUUGGGCCCCAUUGCCAAAAUGGUCUAAAGGCAGUGCUUUUUGUGGGGGUUAAAAAUGAAGUAUCAUGUCUUGAUAAAAGUGGGGUAGGUGUCAGCACAAGAUGGCUGCCAUGGGCAGCAAAAAAGAGGUGAUACCAGUGAGUACUGUCGCAAAACCCCUGUUCACAAGUAUAGUCAAACUGGGAUGGUUUGUGCCUUCUUGUUUCCAUGCUACCUGGGCAUUCCUAGAAGAGAGUGGAUGGCUUUGCUUAUUGGAUAAAACCAGCCUCUGUACUGUUUCUUUCCAUCAGAUGCAAUGGACCAUCAUGAAUCCUAGCCUCUCCUGUAGCACACACCGUGUUUGAAAAGAGACCCUCUUCCCCCCGAUGGUAUGGUGGAGAAUUCCCCAUAACUUGCCCUGUUGCUCAUCUCUUUAUAUCUCAUCUCCUUAAAUCUGGCCCUUUGCCGUCCCUUCUUGUUGAGACAAACUAGACGUUCUUCACAAAAAGAUCUUCCAUUAGUUGUCUUCCAUUUUCUCCCAACAGCCUUUUUCUUGGUCAAGUGUGCAGUGCUUUUCUUUCCCUGUGGUUGAGAGUAUUACUACUUUCAGUAAUUUUCAAUGAAGGCUGUUAUCUUGUAUUUAAGGGAAAGCCCCAACUUCUGUGCACAUUAUCAAGGUGCAGGGCACACAAUGCUUAGAGAAACUUUUGUAGCAACUUUAGCUCUGGACAGUUCAUCUGUCGUAGCUUCUGGGUGGCUCCUGCAGGAAUGCUAUUUAUGGCUCUUUCCUCCUGACAUAAUUACUGUCACUAUGCAUAGGGUUUUGCUUUGUAGUAGUAAGAAUAAUGAUGAUAUCUCCUUUUUCCCAUUCUAUGUCUGGGGAAUAUUUAAGCUGCACAAAACUGUUACUGAGGCUUAUCACUAAUCAUUUAUUAUUAUUAUGAGUUGCAACAUCCUGGCCAAUUAUUCCUAUUCAUCUUCUAAACAAGAAGCUGCUGGAAAGAUCUUUUUCUCCAGAAUCAUUUCCUUGUUCCAUUUGUAGUCUCAUGUGAUAAGGCAGCCUUUGCCAGCCUGCUGCCCACCCAAUUUUUUGGACUGCAGCUCCUAUCUGCCCUAGCCAAAACAUCUAGAUGACACUAGCUUGGCAGAGGCUUUGAUAAGACAGUCUUCUGCCUUUGUCCUCUUUAAAGGUGGUAGCCAGUACCUUGCUUCUCUUUUUGUUGCAGAAAUCAGUGUUGGUACCACUCUUCCUCAUCACCAGGAAGCACAGCAGAGCAAUGGGGAAUUAACUUGCACCAAAGGGAAAUGUAAAGUAUUGGGCUGGAUUCAACUAUUGAGUCCCACAGCAGGAGCCAGCACAAGGUCUUCUGUGAGUGCAACAGGGCUUUUAGCCCCUCUCCUCCCUGCCUCCCAAAUUGGCUCGGGGCUGUGUGUCAGGGUAAUUGACAGCAAGCGGAGGAGGGAGAAGGGAGAUUGUUCCUUCUGGAAAACUGAAAUGCUUGUGUUGACAGAAUAAUCUCCUUAGUGCUACGUUGAAUUCCUCCACAAAUUGAAAAGGGACUUCAUUAAAUCUGUGAGUGCCUCUGAAAAUGCUAUAAAUAUAACUCUCUUCAUUCAGUUCCCACAUGCCCACCAAAUAGAAACAAAUAUGCAGAUAAGAGAUAUUUGAUGAUGCUAUGCAAUGGCCUACAAACCAGUGCCUCCCUAGUCUUUCACACAUCCCACCUCUGUCCUUGCUUGGACUUCAUCUGCCACUGCUCCCUUCCCUGCUACAUGCACACCUGAUCUAGCUCUGCCUAGCUCUUGAAUUUCAUGGAAUGGCCCUAUCUGGGCGAGGUCCCUGUGUUCCUGAAAGGUCCCAUAUAUGAUCAUAGGGGGUUUUGAGGGGUUAAACUGCCCCGGGCCACUUCAUGCAUGCUAUUUUCCUGCACAGAGAUAAUCUCCAUGCGGCAUCUUCCUGGCACAGAUAAUCUCAAUGAAGAGACACUUGUAUGUUCUUCCCUAAGCCACCUUCUUGCUCUCCUGUUGCCAGUUAGUUUCUUUUGUAUUUCCACCCCCCCCCCAGCAUUUAGCUAGGUUGCUGAAAAAUUUCCUAUCUAGUCUAAGAUGAACUCAGGAGCUUUGGUUUGCAGGUACAGGAGACUCUGUCCUCUUCUUAAAAACCCUUCCCUCUUGAAGUGUCGCCCUAAGAAUUGUUUCUCACAGAAAUAGUGGAAAUGAGUGGAGUCUGAAUGGGUUUUGUUACCCGUGUGUGACCUUUUACCUAAGUGGGUCUUUUUACCCUGUAAUGCUUAUCAAAGGUUUUUUAAGGAUCUGCUUUUUGUGUGUGACUUUAAAAUGCAAUGUGAAUAUAUACAUAUAUGUAUAUGUGUGUUUAUAUAUAAAUAUAUAUAGUAGGUGCUGUGUUAACAUAGCAUCCAGCUAGCGGUUGUAAUGCUUUCCUAGGUGCAGGGUAAUUGCUGCCUUUUCUUCCUGGGUGGUCACAAAAACUAGAAGAAUACUGUAAAUAGUUUUAAAAUAUUUAUUUCCUGUACUUUGUGCUAAUAAGUCUUGGGUGUGCUGUUGGUUUGCAAUGUACCGGUAGUAUGGUUUUUUGGGUGGGUGGGGGGUUCCUACUGCAAAAAUAAUUGGACAUUGGGGGGCGGGGGAGAAGGACUGGCAUCUGGUCUGGAGUUUAUGCUGCAAAAUCAAGGACUUAGUUCCCAUUGAAGCUGCAUUUGGGCUAUACCCAGAAUAGACAAAUGAAUAUUAAUGACACUUACAUAAUUGAAUACUCCAUAUUUAAAAGCCCUUUCACAUAGAAAGCAAGCGAUCGGGGCGAAUUGUUUUAGCCUAUCCUCCCCGAUAUGCUAGCUUUUGCAUGUGGGAGAAUGUUUUCAUAUGAUAGAGUGUUCAGUCAUGUGAGCUCUCGCCUGCAAUCCGAAGUGAAACAGCCCAGGCCCUGGCUUAUGACAUUACUUAGAACUGGGCCUAAACCGAGUAAAAGCAUUACAUGGGUUAUCUAAAAUCUCAUUUUCUGUGGAAGCAAGUCAAAGUACAGUUCUGGGCAGCCCGCCUUGUCACGUGCAUCUUUGGGGACAGUACAUGUGAGCAAUAAGAAUUUUUAGUAAUAAUGUUUUCAGUGACAAAUUAAUGUUUAAGUCCUUAUGGGGAUAUUUGUGUAAAUGUGUGUGCACAUCUCAUUGAAGACUGCCCUUCUUCACUGGCCUUGCCACAUAGAGAAAGAGACAUAUUUUGCUUCAACAUCUCUGCAUGCUUAUUCACCUGGGCAGGUGGACUCAGGGAUACUGAAUUAAGGGGAGCUCUUGCUGGGGAUAGGAUGGGAGACAUGCCAGUGGCAUACAUGGAGGAAGUGGUGGUGCCCUCUAAGCAUCAUUUAUAGCUGACUCUUGUAAUCUAACCAGCACCUCUUUUGUUGUGUGUUUGAUGUUUCCUGUGCUCAUCCCCCCCUUUUUUUAGAUUAAGCCAAUCAUUCAUCACUUCCCUUGUUUCCAGCUGCUGUAAGAGUCCAGGGCCCCAUUUUUUACUCUCUCUGUCUCCCUGAAUUUAUUUUAUUUUAUUACUUUGGACCAUUAAGUAUUUCUAUGCUCUCUGCUCCCUCCUGUGUUGUAUUAGUCUUAUUUUGAAUGUAUCUUUUGUGAUUAUCUCAUAUUUUUUAAAGUUAGGCUUGUGUGGAAGUUCCUAAGGGUUUAUUUCUUCUUGUUUGUCUUGGCCAUUCAGAAUUCCCACCCAUCACCCCUCUCUUCUUUCUAUGGAAAACAUGGCAAUGCAGCUUCUUAAUGUAGCUCCAGAAAACUUGUUGCUUUGCUUGCACCCUCCUUUUGCCAUCUGAAAAGCUUCAGCCCUGCCUAUAUCCAUUGUAAAAGUCCUCAAUUCUCAGAUGAAGUUGUUAAACGAGGUGGGGGGGGUAGACUUGCAACCUUUCCACAAGGGCAUUCUUGAAGUUUAGGUUAACCUCCUGCCCAGUUGAAUGAACCUCUAUCAGUGUGUUGCACAGCACUCAACAAGACUGCAGGUGUGUUCUGCACUUCCUGUGUUGAUUUAUAGUCAGUUCAUUUUUCACUCUGUGUUGCACAGGCAUUUUUACUUGCUGUGUCUAAGAGACUCCUACCUUCCCCAUAUGAUGAACCAAAUGUGUGUGUUGGGGGGUCUAUUCUCUCUAUUCCCCUUCCCUCAGGUCUGGUACUGUGCACAUCACCCAAACCCAGUGUGUGAUCAUGAGUUGGCUAUUUGAAGGCUUAAGUUGGAGCCUCAUUCCCUUCAGGGCCCUGGGAAAUGCUGUGACUUUAGAAGAAGAGCGUGUCUGCUGUGAAUUGUUGGUAAAAUGUGUCAUUAGGUAAUAUUUAUAUACCUCACCUGAGUAACAUUUGAAAAUGUAUAUAAAAAUAAAGGUUCUGUUCAGUGGCUUCCUACCCGUUUGACACACCUACAACACUUAGGGCUACUUUACCAUGGAAAUUGUAUUAAAUCUUUGCCAUUACUUUUGUGACAGCUCCAUGAUUUUUCUGUGUGCUUUAUUAACUCACCCGUGGAAGAGAACGCAUUCUUGUUACAGACUGUGGGGCUGCAGGUGAGGCUUAGACCUCUGCCUCUUUCCAUGUUUCUUCUUCCUCUUUAUGCAUUGUGUAUGUACUCUGCGUGCCCUAAGGAGUCUUACUUUAUUGCCGCUUAUUAAACAUUUCUUUUAUAUCAG